UCAUGCCUUCACCACAGCACUUUGAUGGUCAUGCCAUGGUGUCGUGGAAUGAUCCUGAUAUCACCAUCGCUGUGCCCUGGUACAUCAGCCUAAUGUUUCGCACCAGACAGAGCAGUGGAACCGCAACCCUAAUGCAAGUCAACGCUGGCGACACAUCUCAAGUUACCCUUCUGUUAAGGGACAAGUAUGUGCGGUUUGAAGUACUUCUGGGAGAGCAGAAAGUGGCCACGCUGGAUUUCCCAGAGGUCCGAGUGAAUGAUGGGGAAUGGCACCACCUCCUCGUGGAGCUGAGGAGCAGCAAAGAUGGGAAGGACACAAAGUACAUGGCACAUGUGUUCCUGGACUACAACAUGGUCAUGAAGUCAGCAGAGAUUGGAAAUGAGCUGCCUGGACUCAAGCUGAGGAGCCUGUUCAUUGGUGGACUUCAGGGACAGAGUAACAGCAUCCAGCAGGGUUUUAAGGGAUGCAUGCAGGGUGUCAGGAUGGGGGAGACUGCUACCAACACGGCUAACAUCAACAUGCAGCAGGCAUUAAAGAUCCACGUGGAAGAAGGCUGUGAUAUGGCCAACCCCUGCGACUCCAACAUCUGCCCUGACAACAGCCAGUGCACAGAUGACUGGAAU